AUGGUCCACUUUUAUACUACUUGUUCUACUCAUCAAGAUGAUUUGUAUAUUGAUAAAGUGUUAACUUUCUCUGCUGCUGCUCAAUCUGUGGCUGCCAUUCCAUCUGAGCCAUCUCCACCUGCUGCCUCUGAGGUUUCUUUGCCCACCCCUUCUCCUGAGGAGCCCUUGGUGGUCGCUGCUGAUGAAAAGAGCCAGAUUCUGACCACAAAUGCAGAAUUAGUGCUGGAAUGGGAUGAUUAUUUUCUGCAAUGGGAUCCAGCUAAUUUCUCAAACAUAAAGUCCACAAGAUUGGACCCAUCUAGAUUAUGGUUCCCAGACAUAAUUCUUUACAACAGUGCAUCCAUAGAUUACAGGGCUGGACUUGUUUCCACUUACCUCAUGGUCACUUAUACUGGAAGAGUUAAAUAUUUAGUUGCGGGCAUUUUUCAGUCCAUUUGCAACCUGGAUGUAUCUUAUUUCCCCUUUGAUGAACAGAUUUGCACUUUGAAAUUCUCUCCUUGGACUAUGGACAAGAGUGCUGUCAGGAUGAAUGCUAGCUCGCCUGAAAAUGGCCUCAAGGCGUACGUUGCAGUUGGAAAAUUCAAAAUGAUCUCUUUGGAGCCCAAGAAGAGUACCACUGAAGAUCCAUGUUGCAUUGGACUAAGUUUUGACGAUGUCACCUAUUACAUGAAAUUCCAAAGAAGACCAAUGUACUACAUCAUCAACUACAUAUUUCCAAGCAUCCUGAUCAAUGUGAUUGGUAUCAUGAUUUUCUAUGUCCCCUGUGGAUCUGGGGAGAAAAUCAGCCUGGGAAUCAGUGCUAUGUUGGCCCUGGUUGUGUUUCUGAUGGCCAUGACUGAUGCAUUACCACCUGCUGACACCAUUCCUCUCCUCAGUACAUAUUAUGUGUGUUCCCUGAUCCUGAUGACCUCAGAGGUCUUGUGUUCCAUUAUAGUCCUCAACAUCUACCACAGGGGAGAAUAUGGACUAAGAGCCACAGAUACUAUAAUAGGCAUUGCAUUUGUGAUGGCAAAGGAAAAGAAGGAUUCUUUGGGAGAAACAUACAUUUCCUUAGCAGCAAAGCAGGCUGAGGAGGAUUUCUGGAAGUCCAACUUGGACUUACUCUCAACAUACAAGUCAUCAACCAAAGACAAGAUCUUUUCCAAAAGAUUUGGCAUCACUGGUCACCCUUCUUACAAAGAAUAUAGACCCAGAUUGGCAUCUGAUCAAGUUGGAUUUGAAUUUGCCGCAAACCAACUUUUGGAGAGGGCUGACAAGGCUCUUGCAAUGAUGGAAGUGAGCCAGCAGCAACACAAGGAUGCUGAUUAUAAGAAUGUCUUGACACUGGAAUACCUGGAGUUGGCAAGGAUCUAUGACAGAUUUUUUCUGGUUCUUUACUCUAUUUUAACUGUGACAGCAAGUUUUGGAACACUUCUCUCUUCUCCUUAUGCCAGCUCUGUUGGAAUUUAA